GUCGAUACGACUUGCGCGCUCGCUCUCCUCGUCAGACAACACUGUCGAAAUGGACCUGUGCUGAUUCUGCAGUUACAAAACCAAUCCUCGCGAAGAGGAUUCGUCCAUUUAUUAAAAUGAAGAAAAAAUUCAAGGAUAUAAAAAAAUGCUGAAAGUUGAUCCUAACACGAUGUGCGACUCACGUUACUUUGUUUGUCAUCAUGUGUACCGGUGUUUUGAUACUUCAACUUGAGUGAAAAGAAAAGAAAAAAGGAACUGAAAUAAUCAGUGAAAAACAGAAUGGGGACUAGAUUCGCAGCAUUCUCGUUGAAGUUGACUAGCCUUCACGACUAUUAUCAGAGACUUCUUCACGGCAGUCAACCUGUACCUUCCGGUCUCGACAUGGCGAACACGUUGAAAUUCUUUUCUCAAAUGUUGUUGUCUCUGUUGAAAGAAGUACGGGAAGCACCUCUCGAAAUGGUGAAAUCGCAAAAGUACGACGCGGAACGGAUGGCCCUUUACCCCAACCUGGACUACAAACAGUUGUACAAUGCCCUCACCCAGCUGAUCGACGUCGUUUCCUCCAUUCAUAUAGGGCUGCAAGCGUUUGGCCAAGCGUUGCUGCAAUGCAUCGCGUGCCUCCUGCCCUUUCUCGAUCACGAUUUAAUCGACAACGUUGCCUAUCUCACGGCCAGCUCGAUCUCCGUGCUUCCCCUCGAACUUCACCAGGACAUCGUCAAUUAUCUCUGUUUCUAUAUUCUUCCGUUCACCAUCACGAGGAAAACUGAGGAUGGAUCGGAAAACGCGGCCAGUCAGUCGAUAGCAGCUGUCAUCAUGAUGAUCUUUCAGUACUCUAAUAAUCCAGCGCAUCAUUGCCAAUUGUUGGAAUGCCUGAUGGCAUUGAAACCGGGCGUUGUGAAGGACAUUCUAUGCGUGGUUGCCUACGGCACAGCGCCUGCCAGAGCCUCGGCCGCCAAAUUGCUCUUCUACUACUGGCCUUCCUUCAAUCCAAACCUCUUCGAUCGCAGGGCUGUUCUGGUCAAAUUCGCAAACGACUUGGCCCCGUUCGUGUGUCAAAGGGACUCGUGUCCAAACGCGGGCAACGCAGAGGCGGGCAAAGUGUGUUACGACCACCGGAUAUCCAUCACGUUCGCCUCGGAGACACCGCCUCCCAUGUACCUCUGCAUCGAGUGCGCGAACGAGAUCCACAGAUCUCAUCCCAAUCAAAUGUUCUACGAUAUUUUACACCCCAUGCAACAAGUGUCGAUGAUAUGCGAGAACAAGAAUUGCAAGGCAACGGACAAAUCGGCGAUCAGCGUGUGCUUCUCGACCGAGUGCGCGAGUUACAACGGGAAUCAUCCGAUCCGCUAUUGCCAGAAGUGUCACAACAAUCGACACGACAAGGGGCGGGGCGAGGACCACGUGUACCACACGGCGCUCCCGCACAUCUCCAAGCUGGAUUCCCAGACGCAGACGUACAUGGUUCAGGCGAUCGUCAGCCUGCUUAAGGAAGCUGAACCGCUAAGUAUGGAUAGUAACCGAGACAUCUCGGAAAUAAGUACUAAUAAGGACAGCGCAGGAUUCCCAGGGAGCGGAAGCGGCGGUUCCGGGGGCAGUGGCAGCCAAUUCGACUCGGCGACCCUCGAGGAGAGGCAGCUGCUAGGGAGAUACGGUGUCUGGCUGUUGGUCGGGCUUUGCACCCCGAACCAGGACACCUCGAUCGAAAUUCUCGGCCGUUUAUUGUCAAUGCUAUUUCAUUGGUUUCAUGUUACUGCCUACUCUUUCGAUGGUACUAAAAAAAGCCUUAUGCACCUUAUCUUUUCUGUUGGACAAGCGGAGAGCGCAUUGGAGAAAUUGAAAACCGAAUACGUGUGCGGAUGGCUGUCAGAGGUGAUGAAAACUCACUACGAAGUCUUCAUCUCCUGCCUUCUUCCUCAUCCAGCGGACUACGUCCGGGUAGGAGGACACUGGGAGACACUGGCCUCGAGGACGUCGCAUCUGAAGGACGGGUUAAAUCGUCUGUUCUGCUUGGUUCCUUACGAGGUGAUCACCCCGGACGUUUGGGACUACGUGAUGCCACACUGGAUGGAGGCAAUGGUGAACGACGUACCCGAAUACGAGCUUCACGAGUUAAAAAUGAUUUUAUGCAAAAUAUUAGACAGAGACAUGAGUCCGCUGGGCUUCGACGCUAAGAAGAUGUACAAUUUCGUGGCGAAACGGUUCGUCAACACUUGCGCCAAGGUUCAAGAGCAGGCUCUGAACUGGCUGCAAACGUUGACCAUGCUGGAAAUCAGCAUCCCUCUCUGUCAAUUGUUCUCCAUGUUCAGCGAUGGGGUGGCUGUGAUGGGCGCCAUGAAUUCUACGGAGUCCGAGCAGAAGCCUAGUAAAGGGACUAAGAAGGAGGACGACGAAGGAAACGCCAUAUGCUCUGUGGUCGAAAACGAGUCGGGGAAAUCGACGCCAUUAUCCGACGAUGUGGUCCCAACACCGAGACACAUGGAAUUCACCACGAAUGCUGAACUUAAUCUGUCUUGUUGCAUUCUCAUGCUCGAUAUAUUGUUGAAACAGAUGGAGCUGCAGAACGUGGACAAGCACACAGGGAUCAGUACGUGGGUAUGCAAGGAUGCGUGUCGUCUGAUGAAGUCGAUCCUCGCCUCGAAUUGGAACAACUGUCACGUGUGCGGGACGAACAGCGAGUGCACCUAUUGCGAGUCCAGUGUGAUCUGGCAUCAGUUGUGCCUGCAGCUGGUCACCUACAUGGCACCGGAAAAUCCCGCUUAUCCGCCCGACAAAAUCGUGGACGAGUCGACGGAGGAACACGGGCGGAAAAGUCCAGAGGCGUCGAGGAAAGGGGACUCCAAGUCCGACGUGGUGAUCAGUAUGCCUGUACCGGAAAUGCAUUCGGUCGGUGGCGUUCUUGCCCACAUGCCUCAGUUCUUCGAACAGAUCAUGACAGCCACAGUAGAGACAGUUUCGGAGCAGCUGGACUUAGCGGCUAUCAUGCCCACCGAGAAGGUUAUGUCCGCUUUUGCACGUGCCGUCACCCUUUCCGAGACUGACGUAGCGACAGCGACCGUGAGCGUGGCCAAACCAAGAAUAAUUGGAGAGAAUGAUGAGCCAUUAAAUCUGAGCCCGGAAAACGAGACGGAUGAUUUCUGGCACACCUCUGUUGGAAAGUUUAGAUUCAAUAUCGAGGAUCUUCCCGAACAAUUGCAAUAUAUUCACAAACUUUUGAAGGAGAUCAUGACGAUCGACAAGCCCGACAUACUCUACUACAUGCUCCAAUGUUUAAACGUGAUGUGCCUUUACGGUGAUGCUUUCAACAUGGCGGUUAAGGAUCAUCAAGGAUUCUUCAUAUGGUGUCAGGAAAAUUUAUUGAUAAAAAAUCUAUGGGAACUCUUGAACGGCGAGCAUUCUCACAUAGCCCACGUCACAGUGCCACUGUUGCUCCACUGCGUGACUUUGCCUUGUGGAAUAGACACCUUUUGGCGUCUGAUACAGGAAGAGUUCCACAAUUCCGAUUGGCGUAUUCGUUUCGUGGCAGUCGAAAGAGUUACACUGAUCGCUAGAUUCAUGGAUUCUACUCCUCUGAGGAACGUCAUCAGCCUCCAAGCUGCUCUGGCAAAUGCAUUCUGCUAUCUAAUCGCAAGUAUGGACGACAUAAAUGUGUACGUUGCUCAGAGAGCCACUUUGUACCUUGGUACCAUCCACGAUACAGCUAUGAGAUCCCUGAUCCUUUGCUUGGAGACCCAAUUCGAUUCGGUGAUAGUCGACCGGCCAAUGGUUCUCCAAUCGUUGUACCAGUUGCACAACAGUCUCAGUGAUAGACAUAUCUUGACUUGGGAGUUUUUCCUCAAUCGUUUCGAUGCUCUCUUCCUCGAGGCACAAAUUAAUUUGGAACGAUCUGGAGAUAUACCCUAUCUACGCGAUCUCAGGAAUACGGAUUUGAACAGCGAAAUCUUCAUGAAGAAGUUGCACAGAGCGCAGGAGGCGCUGUCUCAGUCGGAAGGAAGUGGAACUAACUCCAUAAAGACGUUGAGCGCGAGUUUCGGCACAAAAUGGCCGUACAAACGCACCAUGUCGGCGCCAGCAUCGAUGAUUCCUCGCCAGGACACUAAACAAGAAAAGGAGAAGGUGUACAGCCGGCAAUACUCGGCGCCUAUCCUGAAGCGCAAGAGCUCCAGAUUCGGACUGGGUCAGUUGCUGGGGUCCACCCCACCUAAUAACAGUAUACCAGAUGGCCACGUUCAUUCGUUAAACAUGGUGGACGAAACUAGCGCGUUACCAGGAUACACCCAUAAAAUUGUAGACUUGGAAGAAGCUGACAAAGAGACCAUGCACUUGUUGGUCUUUCUUUUGAUGCAAUUUCUUUCCAGACAGGACCAGGCUUAUCCAACGGACGAGAAACCUCUAUCAAAAACGCAAGGAAUCGUUCUACGUCAUUUAUACCUUCUACUAGGCUAUAAUCAAACUGAACGCAUUUUCCAUACUUCUCCACAACGACUAAGAGUUUCUCCUGUAUUCAACGUCUUUAUCGCGAAUCUUCCUCAACUUCUGGACCAGAAUCAUGUGAUGGGAUGGAUGAUGACACCUCCAGUUCUGGCCAUUCUUCAACAUUGUCCUUGUCCUCCGCAAGGUGUGCCUCCAUCCGAUCAUCAAACACCUACGUACAGCCUAUGGUAUCUCGAACCGAAUAACAGACGCUCUUGGUUAAUGUCUCUCCUCGUUAUACUGUAUAAAUGCCAAUACGGUCAGCAACCAUGGUGCAACCAAUUGCAAGUGUUAAUCAAGAUCGUGUUGAACACUUUAGAUACACAGCACCAUCAAUGCAAAAGAAUUCCAGCUACCGUGGUGAUGAGUGCUCCAUCGAGAUCACGUGACGUAUCGCAACCGUCUCUGGGCGUGGAUCACGAACUGAUGGCAAUGGGAGAUAUGAAUGCCGAGAGUCCUCCAAUGAGAACUCCUAUAGUGUCGGUGCACCAAAGAAGUCCAGGACCAACGCAUAGUCAGAUGGAAACUCAUUGGGAGGAGAGCACACCUACUUGUCGUUACAUGAACAAACACUCCAGCUACUCGAUCAAUGCGGAUGAUACGGAGUCCGAGCUGGCUGCAAUACCCGAGAGCCCAAAAUCUGACAGCACCUUGCAUGGCAGCAGUGGUGGAUCGCUCGGUGAGCUGGAGGAAACACCGACCGCUGUCACAAGAAGUAUUUCGCUACACGGAUCUAGAAUCACGACCGAUAUUUUGACGAAAACGGAUUGGAACAAUCAGAAUGUUAUCAAGAAGUCGGAAGGAAUCAGCAGACCUACUUGGUUUCUUGGAAGCGAGGAGGAAUCUCAUCAGAGUACGAAGGUUGGAUCUCAAAAGAAAUGGAGUGUACACGAAGGAGUAAAGAUGAUGGUGACGAGCACUUUGUUAAGUGGUCAAGCAGAUUUACAGAGAUACACUUCAAGAAUCGAGAAAGUGACGGAAAGGGCGGAGAAAGGGAUUCUGGAUAAAGCGAUCCCAGAGAAACCAGCGACAGAGAAAGCUGCUCAAGAAAGAAACGUCACUGUACAAAUAGCUUUUAAUGGAGACAUUGCCUCCUCGAAACCUUUUGGAUUAUCCACUGCUCUUGCCACUACUUUACCUGCCCAAGUUCAAAAAUACGAGUUUUCGAAGGAAAAGAUGCCUCCACCAGGCAGUAAUUCAGAUUCACCGAAUUCUAAGCAAUUGGGUCGUCAGAAGCGCAUAGAGCAGACAGUGACCAUAGCCUCGCCUGUGUCACCAGGUCAAGUGGUUACGGUGACGAGCAGCGACCAAUCGAGUUCUCCAGCAGUUAGCUCGAUCUCGUCUCAAAUCACGAGCACGGAUAAUGGGCAGCAUCCAAGCUGGAACGAGCCUCCUCAUCCUUUAACUGCACCGACUGUCGAGAGACUUUUGCCAAUUGGCACCACGAUUCGUCCGACUGGUCCAAGACCAGCUCAGAGAAUUCUGCGUUGCGAAGACACUUAUGGAUCGCCUGAAUCACCAUUAUCCAAAAUGGACGUGUUGACAGUCAGUUCCUCGUUCGAUCAAGAUAGCGAAACGUGCAUAUCUAGCGAUAUAACGAGUCCUCGAAGCAUUUCGCAGCUGGAGUUUCCAUUGCCUGAACGAUUGUUACCAGUUGGCCCUCAGAGAGACUUUACAGGCCUUGUCGAGCACGUUCGUCAGGUACUUGGUGUCCGAGAGAUCGAAGAUUCCAACAAAUACAAUAACGGAAAUAGCGAAACUGAUGGACCAGCACCGGUAAAACAAGAUAGCACAACAUCUGAGAACAUGUCAGCGUCUCUAGUUCCAACAUCGAACGAGAUACAAUCGAGCAGAUCGACGAGUCCAAGGAGAUUGAUCAAGCAGGUAGCUCUGGAAUCGCCGCCUCCAGCGAUAGAGUCCUCGGAUUAUCCCGUUCGAGCAUUCGAUCCCGAUCGAAGAGGCAGAGCAAAGGAUCAUGUUCGUAUUCAACGAGACAAGCGAAAGGAUAGUAUCACUGGCCACGAUGGUCCAUUAACCAGGCGUGCAGAAUCCUGGUCUGGCCCUCAACUGCAGCCUAAUUUCGAUAUCGCCUCGCAACAGGCCUAUCACGCUGAUUUCAACUUGAAGCAAAGCUUAUUUCGCAUUGGAGACGAUUGUAUUUACGAGAGAUGUUCAGAAUGUGGAACGAUAAAGGAGGAAUAUUCAGAUGAGGAACUUGGUUUGUGUAUCAUCAACCUGGGCACGUUCAUCCAUCGUGAACCAUCCUUGGCAGCCCCGCUUUUGCCAGAAAUCUUACGUGUCGUCACAAAAGUGGCUCUCAAUGCGAUGUAUCCUUGGCAAAGCGAGACUAAUAUGCAUCUACCUGGUGGCGCAAUCAGCGUGGCCCAUCAAUUCCUCCGAUGCGUUCUUCAUCAAUUGGCGCCUAAUGGUGUCUUCUUGCAAAUGUUCCAAACGCAUUUAAAUGAAUCUACGAGGAUGCAAUUCUUCAAAAGUGUCACUCAGGCUUUACUCGACUUCAACGAAUUGAAUCCAAUAGCACCUCUACAAUUAUUGCUCGAGGCCCUAAACGCGAAAAAAUCUUUGCCAAUGGAACGCCUUCCGAUAAUACUAUUCAACAUAGCCUGUUACCUGGAUUGCUUGCCCCUGGAAGCGGGCUUGAGUCCAGGUGCAACAACCUGGAGCGGUCUUCUCGCGCAAUUCGAUGGCCUAUUUCGCAGACUAGUGUUGAUGCUCUCGUCCAUCGAGGAUACCACUCCGUUAUUAAGGAUCAUGAUUUCUUUAUUGAAGGUCCCGGGUAUCCAAUUGAAGAGCAUGCUGGAUCCGUUUGCCAAGGUGUUAAGUUAUGCCAUCCAGAAUUCUACCAUAAAGUACAAUUAUCUGACAGAUCUGUGUUAUCUUUGUCAUCGAGGUUUCAUCAAAGACAGGGAUAAACAUUUUUUCGGAAGAACCAUCGUAUUCGAGCUGAUUCAAGCGAUUAAAUUCAAGACCACGAUACCGGAUUCCAAUUUUCUCUUGCUUUUGCAUUUCGUGCUUCAGGAUAUCGGGGGUUCAUUACCUAACACGAUCGCGUUGGAGAAUAUCCAAACAGACAUAUCACCGAUUUACAAUACGAACGCUUCCGAGUCCCUGAAGAAUCAACUGUCGGACGUGCUCGAUUUCUUGGCAGAUUUUCACACUUUGAGUAAAGUGAAGAGCUAUAGCAAGGGAAUGCAGGCUGGUCUGAACGAGGAUACUUUAGGUGGUAUAUUGAAAUGUGGUCUCGCGCAAUUUGUAGCUCUAGAAAUCACCAGAGGCAACAAUAGAGAAAACAGAGCUGUGGCUCGCUAUCUUCCUUGGCUCUACAGCGCUCCCUCUAUGAUACAACAAGGAGCUCGAGAAUAUGUGGACUGCAUAGGCCAUAUCAGAUUACUAUCAUGGCUACUGUUGGGCUCCCUCACGCACACUUCGAUGUACGCUGGCAAUAACAAUACGCAUAACAACCAUGGCCAGUCGAUCCCAUCUGCACAACCAAUACCGCAAGAAGUAUCUUGUCAUGUCGCGGAUCACGUGCAAGUUAUAUUUUCCGGGUUCCCGGAACAAUCUAAAGCAUCAGUCCUACACAUGUCCUCAUUAUUCCAUGCUUUCAUACUGUGUCAGCUGUGGACUAUGUAUUUGGAAGAAUUAUCAAAGAAUCCAUCGAAUAACGAAGGCCAUAUUACAAUGAAUAUUUUGUUGGAAUUCUGGGGCAAGAUAACGCCUUGUAUAUUACAAUUAGUUGAAUACUCGAAAGUCUUAGCCGAAAUGGUCAAUUUACAUUUUUUAAGCUUACUCGAAGCUCUUCUAGAAUGUGGAUCUAUUCUGUUAAGCAAAUUAUUACCUCUUUGGAGUCCCAUUCUGUAUUCGCAUCAUGUUCAGUUGCCAGGACAUUUGCAAGUUCGUUUACAAAAUUGUCGAGAUUUUCCACCUAACAAAAUGUCUGAACAUUUUGCUUCGUCUCGGCGAGAAUCUAAUGCAACACUUUUACGAUGGCUACAUCGAUUACAGUUCAAAAUGGGACAAAUAGAGAUGCAAUCUUCUACAGCCACACAAUUUUAUUCUAUUUAAAAAAAUAAAAAUUGAAGAAAACAAAAAACUAUCUAGUUGGACAGAAGUAUUUUAUAAAAUAUAUUUAAGAAGAUAUUGAAUUGUAUUUUAGAAAAAUGUUGCAUUGUAUGUUGCAAUAUUAAUUUGUUAAUUGUUGUUAAAUAUAUUUAUUAUUUUAAAUAUAUAAUAA